GCAAUAACAACGGUGCAACACCAACAACAACAAAGCCAACAAGCACCGUCGCGAUUAAAUAUGUAGAUCUAAUUGUUUUGAUUUUUUUGUGUGGUAUUUUUUUUUUAUUUUGUUGUGUUAAUUUACAUAUCUAUGGGCUUAUUCGUUUCUUGGAUUAAUUUUCGAUUUUUUUGGGGUUGAUUUUCGAUAUUUUGGGGUUGAUUUUCAAUUUUUUUUGGGCUACUCUUCGUUGUAAUGGGUUAAUUUUGGUUUUAGGCGUUAAUGGUGUUGCUGUGUGGUGGUGUCGGUGGUGGUGUGUGGUUGUGUGUGACAGUGGGGAAAGGGCUGGUGGGAGUGGUGGACUGGUGGUUGGGGUCAUUGUGUUGGACUAUGGUUGUGUAGUUGUGUGUGAUAGUGAGGAAAGGGCUAGUGGGAGUCGUGGUGGGUAGGUUGGCGCGGUUGGCUGAGUAGGUGGUUAUGGGGUGGGGGGCUGGUGGUGUGGGGUGUGGGCGGUGGUGGCCAUUGAUAGCCAGAAAAUUCGAGGAUAAAAUAAGAAAGGGGGAGGGGGGGUCACGUGCUUGUCACAUGGCCGGAGUCAACACCGGAAAGUUGGGCCAGGUGGUCUAACACAACAAAAUUUUGUAUUUGAGUGGUCUUACACAACAUUUUUUUGGGUAUGACAAAAUACAAUAUUUGGCGGAUGCUUUUUGACAAAAUUUCCAUAAAGUUAUAAAAAAAACAAAAUUAUUGAGGUUGAAUACUUGAAUUAAAUCUCUCUCUCCCGUUUCUCCCACCAAAAGUCAGAAACUAGGUUUCGCCAAAAUUUCUUUUAUUUUUUUCAACUAUUUCUCCCAAAUUUUCUCAACAAUUUCUCCCAAAUUUUCUCGUACUGAUUUCUUCCUUCUCUGAUUGCUAGAAAUUUAUCAACUUCACUUGCCAUUAUCAUGUCGUUUCAAGGCAAGAAACUCAUAAAUGAUCCCAAUGCUGUGGUGACAGAAUUCAUCGAGGGACUGGUGGAAACUUACCCUGGAUUGCAGUAUUUGGAUGGUUUUCCAGAGGUAAAGGUUGUUUUGCGCGCUGAUGUGUCAAGCUCAACUUACAAUUAUGUGUCUGUUAUAUCAGGAGGUGGCAGCGGUCAUGAGCCUGCUCAUGCUGGAUUUGUGGGUCAAGGAAUGCUUACUGCUGCUAUAUGUGGGGAUAUUUUUGCCUCUCCUCCAGUGGAUUCAAUUCUGGCAGGCAUACGAGCUGUAACUGGGCCCAAGGGAUGCCUUCUAAUUGUCAAGAAUUACACAGGGGAUCGCCUUAAUUUUGGUUUGGCAGCUGAACAAGCAAAAUCUGAAGGUUACAAAGUCGAGGUUGCUGGAGCGGCAGCUGCUGAUGGUUGCUCCCUAACUGAAGUUACAGCUGAAGCUAGAAGAGCAUCUGAAAUGGUUGGAACUAUGGGUGUUGCAUUAUCUGUGUGCACCCUUCCUGGCCAAGUCACAUCAGACCGUUUGGGCCCAGGAAAAAUGGAGCUUGGUCUAGGAAUACAUGGAGAACCUGGUGCUGCUGUGGCUGAUUUGCAACCUGUCGAUGUGGUUGUUGCUCAUGUUCUUAUGCAAAUAUUAUCACCGGAAACUAAUUACGUGCCUAUUGAACGCGGAAAUAAUGUAGUCCUCAUGAUUAAUGGGUUGGGUGCCACUCCUGUGAUGGAAUUGAUGGUCGCUGCAGGAAAAGCUGUUCCUAGGUUGCAGUUGGAGCAUGGACUUGCUGUUGAUCGAGUGUAUACUGGUUCUUUUAUGACUUCCCUUGAUAUGGCAGGAUUGUCAAUUACUGUCAUGAAGGUUGAUGAAGGAAUUCUGCAACGACUAGAUGCUCCAACAAAGGCUCUAGCUUGGCCUGUUGGUGUGGAUGGUAACCGUCCACCUGCAAAGAUUCCUGUCCCAGUUCCGCAAUCUCCAUUAUUAAAGUGCAAUGAGCUCUCUACUCGGCCACAAGAAUUAAGUGAACAUUGUCAUACUCUUGAGGUGGCUAUUGAAGCUGCAGCCAGUGAAUUGAUCAACAUGAGGGAUGCUCUUAAUGAAUGGGAUAGUAAAGUUGGUGAUGGUGAUUGUGGAUCUACUAUGUUUCGUGGAGCUUCUGCAAUUUUAGAAGACAUGAAAAAAUAUUAUCCUUUGAAUGAUGUAACAGAGACUGUAAAGGAGAUUGGAUCUUCUAUCAGAAGGGUCAUGGGAGGGACAAGUGGUAUAAUAUAUGACAUCCUCUUCAAGGCAGCAUAUGCUGAAUUGAAGUCUACCAACCAGGGCACAGUUACAUCUAAAGAAUGGGCGUCGGCACUUCAGGCUGCUAUCGCUGCUGUGAGUAAGUAUGGAGGGGCGAGUGCUGGCUACCGCACACUGUUAGAUGCUCUUAUUCCAGCUUCAGAAUUACUUCAAGAGAGACUAAAUGCUGGGGAUGAUCCUGUCGAUGCUUUUGUUCUCUCAUCUGAAGCUGCUAUUAGUGGUGCAAUGUCUACUAAGGACAUGCCUGCACAGGCUGGCCGCUCAACAUAUAUCUCCAGUGAUAUUCUAGCUUCUGUUCCAGAUCCUGGUGCUAUGGCUGCUGCUUCAUGGUAUAAAGCAUCAGCUUUGGCUGUCAAGAAGCUUCAACAGACUACAUAGUAUACUCCAUCUGUUGCGAAGUUUUCUUUCUUCCCCUUUUUCGGCCACUCAACCUAUACUUCCUGGGAUAUUAUAUCUUCUGUUCCAGAUCCUGGUGCUAUGGCUGCUACCUCCUGGUAUAGGACAGCAGAAUUAGCUGUCAAGAUGUUUUACCAAACUUGACAGUGGUUUAUUUGUUGCCAAGAUUUUUCUUUACCCCCCUUUUUUGGCCGCAGAGCUAAAUUGAUGUAUAAUCUUGUGCAUAUUACAACUGCAGUUGACAUCAGUUCAUCUGCUUACCUCUAUGUAUCCUUGAAUCAAUCAGAUUUUACUCUUACAAUCCAUGGACUUCCUUGGAGAAUGUGUUUCACUCUUGAUUGGAUUUAAUUUUAUACUAGUA